UGUUGAAAAUAAUUUACUGGUUGUCACAAAUAGAAUACACUUAAUUAAAUCACAUAAAAACACUUAGUCUUGAAUAGUUCGCAUUUAUGUGUUUAAUUUAUUGAGUGAUGUAAUAUCAAAUGUAAUAUCAAACUUUCACAACUGUAUGCAAGACUGCUGCAGCACAGAUUUUCCAUUUCGUUUAGUUUUUAAAUGAUUUUGCUCUUUCUAAGCGCAUUUCUUAGUAGGUACAUAUAAAUUAUGUGCAUUUUUAAACAAAGCAGAUAAAAGUGCUUUUCAUCGCGUUUGAAUCUUUAUAUAAACAAACCUAAUCGUAGUGUUUACGCUUUGAUAGCACUCUGUUUUGAUUUUCAUCAUUCAAUAUUUAAUACCUACUGUAAGUCAACUAAUAUUUUAAAGUUGUUUGAAAAUAUGGCGUUAAAAGGAAUAAAAGUUCUCGAGUUCAUGGGAUUAGCUCCAGGUCCUAUGUGUGGCACAAUUCUAGCAGAUUUUGGAGCGAGUGUUACUGUAAUUGAAAAGAUACAAAGAACGGUUUUUGAUGUAAUGUCCAAUGGAAAGAGGAUUUUAGCAGUUAAUUUAAAAACCAAGGAAGGUGUGGACAUUGUCAAGCAGCUUUCAAACUCAUCUGAUGUACUUUUAGACACUUUUCGUCCUGGUGUGAUGGAAAAGUUGGGUUUAGGCCCUGAAAAACUUCUAGAACAAAACCCACGGCUUAUUUAUGCUAGAUUAACUGGUUAUGGUCAAAAUAAUUAUAAUAAAAUGAAAGCUGGGCACGACAUAAAUUACGUCGCAGUGUCUGGUAUUUUAUCAUUAUUAAGGAGAAAUAAUCAACCUCCAUUUCCUCCAAUCAAUCUUUUGGGCGACUUUGCUGGUGGAAGUUUAUUGUGUGCAUUUGGCAUAUUGUUAGCCUUGUUAGAGAGAAGUGUUUCUGGAAAAGGUCAGGUUGUAGAUACAAGUAUGACUCAAGGUCUAGCUUAUAUUUCAACUUGGUUGUUUAAAUCAAGAACUUUACCUAUCUGGUCAGGAGAACCUGGAUCCAAUGUUUUAGAUGGAGGAUUUCAUUUUUAUCAAACUUAUCAAACAAAAGAUGGAAAAUAUAUGGCUGUGGGUGCCCUAGAACCCCAAUUUUAUUCCAAUCUCAUGAAGGGAUUGAAUUUAUCCGAGGAAGAGUAUUCACAAUUUACAGAUAAAGAUAUUUGUAAAAAAAAAUUUCAAGAUGUAUUUCUCACCAAAACACAAGAAGAAUGGUGUGCAAUAUUUGAUAAAUUGGAUGCAUGUGUUACUCCAGUACUAGAUUUUGAUGAGAUUGAUAAAACAAAGUACCACACUUUUGAUAAUACAUUUUAUAGGAAUGAUGAAGGCAAUGUUGUUCCACAACCUGCACCAAGACUCUCAAGAACUCAAGGUAUCUCCAGUAGUUGUAAAAAAAUGCCUAAGCAUGGAGAGCAUACCAUUACCAUAUUAAGAGAAAUAGGAUAUAGUGAGAAUCAAAUUAAAGACUUGAUCUUGAGUGGACAUGUUUAUGCAGACAAAAAAUCAUUAUUGUAGGCAUCAUGAAAGGUUAAAUAGAUAUU